CAUGCUCUACAUGUUCCCCCAAAAGAAAAGAAAAGAAGUGUUCAUGCCACCCAAAUGUCAAAACCUAUAUAUACCCCAACUACCACUUUCCCAGCACUUUCCGAACCCCUUCCCAAAUCUUCACUUCACACAAAGCAUGCCAAACCCAAAACCACCAUUUCCCUUUCUCUUCGCCAUUCUCUUCUUCUUCAUUCUACCCCUUAUCUUUUCCCAAAAUGGCGAGUAUGUCCGGUUCGCCGAGGCAGGAAAGCGGAGAGUCCACAUCACUGACGACCUGGACGACGUCGUAGACGAGGAGGAGGACGAUACUUGGAAAGAAUGGGGCAAGAAAUCAACACCCCCUUCCGAUUUUGAUCCUCCCCCUGAUUUGUCUAAAAUGGACAUGUCCGAGAUCCAGGCGGAGAUGAUGAAGCGGCAUACCGGCCCGGCUUUUGGGUUUGUGAAGCUCCGGCUGGGCGUCAGACGGACUCGGGAUACGGUGGCUGAGAUUGCUAUGAAAUGGACCAAAGUUCUGAGAACUGGAGCUCUUGGGGUAAGAUUCAUGGGUGUUGAUCUAAACACAAUCAUGUUCAACAUGGAACAAGGCCAAGACAUGACAGAGUUGAAGGAGUUUGUGUUGAACCAACCAGAGGCCUAUGAAAUAAAGAUUGGUGAACAAGUUUUUCGAAGACCUGGAGAUCCUCCGUUGGAGGAAGUUGUGGAGAAGCUCCAGAAUGAGAAAAAAAGAGUGGAGAAUGAGAGUCCAGCAGAGAACAAUAUGCAUUUGAAAGAGGAAUUGUAGUUAUACCAGUAAGUUUUCUGACAUGCAAUAUAAUGAUCCCAUCUCUAACUCCAUAGCAACAUCCACCCCGAAUAUUCAUGCAUUACUAUUCAAGUGGAUUUUAGGCUGUUGAUAAAGCCGACAUAA